CCGGCCACUCGUCGAGUGUACCGCUCCCUUGGCAGCUCGAAGCCGGCGUGGCGCGCAUGCUUCGUUUAAAGGGAUGUAUCGAUACUGAACGUCGGCUGCUCUUCGCAUUUCUUCGAGCGCGACGCGGACUCAUAACCGGUUGGCGCGGGCCAUGUGACACGCUCCGAUCUCACCGCGUAUGAUCUCAUUGAUCAAGAUCACACGAGUCAAAGGGACUUGUCGAAGUGAGACACACUUGUCGAAGUGCUCAUCGAGGCACACGACAUUACUACUAAUUGGAUCUUCGCGCGGGAUCUGAUCGGUAGAGACACCUUCGAUGCCCACGCCGGUCGCAGCCGGUAGUCCGAGGGCCAGUGAAGCGCUCACUUGAGUAUCCCCGACGGAACCAGUCCAGACGGAGACGUCUCGCGCGGCUCCGCAGGGCCACGCGAUCCGCGAGAGAAUCCUCCCGCGGGAUGCGCGCGAUCAGCGGUCGGCCGGUGAGCAGCGCGAGCCCGUUUGAAUGAAGCGCGAGCCCGUAGCGCCGCUGAUCGUACGCGCGAUGCGCACCGUCGAGAACAGCACCGGCAGCACGGAAGCGACCGGCGCCGCAGCGCAUCACCACCACCACCACCACCAUCACCACCAGCAGCAGCACCACCAUCAUCAUCAUCAUCACCACCGCGGCCACCCCAACGACGUCGUCGCCGUCGCUACCGCCACUGCCGCUACCGCUACCACUCGUCACGUGGGCGUCGUCGCCGGCGAGCAGCAGGACCGCGAGCGACCGGCGGCGUCGAUCCACCUGGUGGCCACCGCCACCCCCUAUCACCAGGUCACCAUUGCGGCGGACACCAACAACAAUCACGAUCAUCAUCGGAAUCUCGAGCACCACGGCGCGACGCAACGCCAUGACCAUUGGAACAAGUGGCAACUGCAUUCGCCGAACGGCGACAGCGACAACAGCAACGGUAGCCAGCGUGCGGUGGCUGUUACUCGCGGCGAGGUAGAGCAACAGCAACAGCAGCAGCAGCAGCAGCAACAGCAACAGCCGCAUCGCCAACGGCAGCAGCGUCAGGCGACCGCUACCGUUCCGGUUCUCGCCUGCACAAAUCAAUCGUCUAUCACCACGACCACGACCGCCUUCACGGUGGCAUCAAGCAUGCUUCUCUUGCAAACGCAGAGUCCAUUUGGAUGUAGCAGUUUUGCGGAUCUGCUGAGCGCUCCGUACACGGAUCCUGCGGAUGCCGGGAGUCUGCCUGAAGAACUGGAUCCUUUUCCGGAACUGCAGCUCGGAAAUCCGCAAGGUGUGCCUACGGUCGACGAGUCUGCUCAGUCUCAACAAAGUGUACAUCAUCAGCAACCGCCGCAACCGCCACCACCACCACCACCCCUUCCGGAAGACGUCCAAGCUGACUCCCUUAGUCCUACACCCCUGCCGAGCUUCCAGGAGACCUACACGGUGCAGCGAUACACCAGACAGGAACUCCAGGGUCUCGGCAUCAAGAUGGACGAGGAAUGCUAUGAGAACCCAGUGUACUCGUGCGCCACUCAUUACCCGACCGACUUCACGGCCGCGGUGCCCUACCACGAGCAUCACGGCCAACAGCAACCACAGCAGCAACACCACCACCACCACCACCACCACCAUCACCAUUCGCAACAUCAUCAGCAGCAGCAACAGGCCCCGCACCACCAUCAGAGUUACUUCUCCGCAGAAUCGACGCCUGCUUCGGCAACGGCGGUCGCCCCGCCCUCGAACCAUCGACAGGAGUCAUCCUAUGGGGUCGGUGUGCCCAUGCCCAUGGUUUACGGAGCGCCUUCGGCCAUCGCCAACGUCGCCGCUCCUGUGCCUCCUACCGAUCUCUGCCCCAACGUCGACACCGUCGUAGUCGGCACCGCUCGAUCGCGAAGGGCGUCAUUGCCCACUCAGAGGUCAGAGUCGGCAAGUAGUGGGAGCACAGAGUCUCCGAAGCCACGCGGCAGCGGCAGCGGUGGCACCGCGAGUUCCGUCAGUUCGCCGUCGCCCGGAAGCGGCACCAGUGGUGGCGAACGCGCACCCCCGAGCCCGAGCCAACUCUGCGCCGUCUGCGGCGACACCGCGGCCUGCCAGCAUUACGGCGUGCGCACGUGCGAGGGCUGCAAGGGCUUCUUCAAGAGGACCGUGCAGAAGGGCUCCAAGUAUGUGUGCUUAGCCGAGAAGGCUUGCCCGGUGGACAAGCGCCGGCGGAACCGCUGCCAGUUCUGUCGGUUCCAGAAGUGCCUGAUGGUCGGCAUGGUCAAGGAGGUCGUCAGGACAGACUCUCUGAAGGGACGGCGAGGUAGGCUGCCCUCGAAGCCCAAAUCCCCGCAAGAAUCUCCACCGAGCCCACCGGUCUCCCUGAUCACCGCUCUGGUCCGCGCUCAUCUGGACACAACUCCGGACAAGGCGAGCCUUGACUACUCGCAAUAUCGGCAACCAAGACCAGGCGAUCCUCCCAUCACCGAGGCCGAGAAGAUCCAACAGUUCUACAAUCUGUUGACGACUUCGAUCGAUGUCAUCCGGAACUUUGCCGACAAAAUCCCCGGUUUCACGGAUCUCGUGCGGGAAGAUCAGGAACUGCUCUUCCAAUCGGCCAGCUUGGAACUGUUCGUGCUCAGGUUGGCGUACCGCACGAAUCCGGACGACACGAAGCUGGUGUUUUGCAACGGCGUCGUUCUCGCGUUGGAGCAGUGUCAGCGCAGUUUCGGCGACUGGCUGCACAGCAUCCUCGACUUCUGCAAAGCCCUUCACUUCUUGGAGGUCGACAUCAGCGCCUUCGCCUGCCUGUGCGCCCUCACCCUCGUCACCGAGAGGUACGGACUGAAGGAGCCGCAGCGCAUGGAGCAGUUGCAGAUGAAGAUCAUUUCGUCCUUGCGCGAUCACGUGACUUACAACGCCGAGGCGCAGAGGAAGUCGCAGUACCUGUCCUACCUAUUGGGAAAGCUACCGGAGCUGAGGAGUCUCUCGGUCCAGGGCCUCCAGCGGAUCUUCUACCUGAAGCUGGAGGACCUGGUGCCGGCGCCGCCCCUGAUCGAGACGAUGUUCGUCGGUAGCUUGCCCUUCUAAUUGCCCUCCGAGCCGAGCCUAUGGCUUGCCAGCACAUAGAACAAUUACUUACUUUCAGACCCGUGCGGUUGCGUUAUCUUUGUUCUGAUUGCAUCCUUCUUUAGUUCGUACACACGUAGCUUGAUUCUUCUCUUGCGUGUAAGACCUCGUGCGAUCGCGUGGAGUUACGCUCGGACCUUGACGCCCUGAUGGCCGCUUCCCAUCCGGAGGAGCACGGCUCGAGGGUCUCGUCGAGAAAAAGAAACAGAGAGCCGUUAACUGGUCGAACGGACGAGCACUGUCCGCGCGGAUUCCACGCGGACGCUAACAUUAAGGGAAAGUUUAUUGUAUGUACGUAUGAGAGAACGGAUGAACGAACGGACGAACGAGUGAACGAACGACUGCACGUGGAUACGAGCGAGCGAAUGAAUGUGUGUGCGUCUGUGUGUGCGGUGUAUGUGUGUAUUAUGCGCGAAUGUGAGUAUAUAGAACGCCUGGAACGCAGGUCUCUGCGUGCGUGGCCGUGUCGGGUAGUAGGCCGUCGUCCGCUGUUACUAUUAGUAGUGCAUUACUGCUGCUGCUAUUGCUGUUGCUGCUACUGUUGCUGCUGCUAACAUCGUUCCAUCGACGUGUGCCGCAACGGCCGUCGGUCGUUACUGGCUAACGCGGCCGAUACGUACGUGGUAGCUUCGGCGGCUCCGACGCAACGCAACGGCAAUCGCGAGCGAAGAAGGAAAGCAACCGGCCGCGAGUGUAAAACGAACGAGGCGAGUCGCGGACGGAUAUGUGGCGUGUUUCGCUAAUCUCCCUUCUAGCUGUAGAUUUCGUGCGGACUCGGGUGGACAGGAAGGAGGGGCUCCUCUCGCGGGCUCACCGCGUGAAGGACGCGAAUUUUUCUCACUUUUCUACCUAGUUUGUACGAGGCUCUCCAUGUGCGAGCGCGCGCGCGCACAUACGCACGCACGCGCGCACGCACACACGCAUUCACGUCGAGUUCUCCUCGGCUCGCCUCCUUGUCGCUCCCCACGGCCGACUACCCGCUCGCUACCCGCCACUUCUCAACCACGUGUAUUACCUUCGGCAAUACCUUGCCCGUCGCGGGGAAACGCAUUGGCGAUUCGCAACAUAUCAGAGCAACGGCGGAGAGGGCGCGAGAGACCCUUCGACCCUCCCGUCUUGACAGUAGACGUAGGAUGUGACUAUAUUCAGUCGCGCUUUCAACGCCGCCGGACGAUGCCGAGUGUAGACGCGUGUCGGGGGAUGCGUUGCGCUUGUCUCGCAUUUUUUUCAACGCGUGUUCCCCAAAAGCAAUCGCCGCGGUUCCGUGUUUUGUCGCGAAUUCAGUGUUCUCGUCUUUCUCAUUUAGACCAUUCAUACACAUACAUACAUACGCACAUACAUACACACGUCUCUCUCUGUCACGAUAACGUGCUCUUUGAAUUCUAGAAUUGAGUCGACGUUUGGAAGAGCAAUAAAUCAUAUUCGCGCUGAUGGAAACUGGAGUACAAGCGAGAGCCAUGAAUUCACGCGCAUUCGAAGGCUGUAGUAUAGUAAGCGAGCACGCGUCCCUAGAGUAUCUCUACGUGCUAAUGAAAAAUGAGUUAGGAGUGGCGCUAUUAUUUUAUGAGUUCAAAACGGGACUGUGGAGAAGUUAUUCUGCUGGGUAUAUCGCAAUCGUAGUAUUUUUAUAGACACUUUUUACACAUUUUACACUGUCAUCGUGCGUUAAUCGCAAGUUCAUGAAGGAUUCAGCAAAUAUUUUAGAGAGCCCGCGAUUCAUGAAGCUCCUUCCCUCUCUCGCGCGCACUCUUGGCACACUCGCGAACUCAUUCGGCAUCGUCGGCGCCGCUGAAGCGUCGCGUCUGUGGCGCGUGGUCGAUGUCGAUAUCGACCCUUUACCACUACUCUUGCGUUUAAUGUGAUUUUAGAGAGCUAAGGCGAACAACACGGGUCCGCCUCGUUCGGGGGCCGAGAAGAAAGAGAGAGCGUCUUGCGCGACGGCGAGGCGGGCCCGGCUUAAAGUUACCUAUUACGUUAUGACAUUUACUUUUAAUCAAACUAACGUAGAGUGUCCUAUUUAUAUACGUAUAACGCGCCGCUACUACUACUUAACUAUUACAACUACUAUACUUUACUAUACCGUUACUUACUACUACUCAUUGAUAGCGUUACUAUUCUAUGACGUUACUACCACUACUACCACUGUUACCAGCGCUACCUUUUACUACCACCUUGUGUUACCAUUGUCUCGCUACAGUAAGCUUCGCCGUCGCCGUCGUCAUCGUCGUUGUCGUCGUCGUCGUCGUCGUCGCCAUCGUUAAAGCGCCCUUCAUUGCACCUUCAGUGCCCUUCGACCGACGCCUUCGACAGACGACAGAGGAUGCUGGUCGGAUCUCUUCAAGCGAGCGUCUUCGCCGGCGGGAUCACCGCAGUCGACACGCAUCUCUGUUUUCAGUGUAUAUCUUGAUAUUUUAUCCACGUUCAAAUACCGUAAAAGUACCGUGAAGUUGGAUCGUACCGCCGACGGUGACUUUGCAUUGCAGUGAAAAGAGAUCCUGUGAUUAAUUGUUUCAGUUCCGAAUUUCUCCGAGUGGAAGCUCUGAAAUAUUCUUUCUCUCUCUUUCAGUUCCGAUUGAUUCUUUAAAUUGUCAAGAAAGAACAUUUCAUUGCUUUUUUCCAGCUUAUCGUGAUGCACCAUGAGAGAAAUAUUUUAAUAUUAAUUUAUUUUGGCGAGAUAUAAGGUUUCUUGACAGAGAUAAACUCUGUAUCCUACAAAUAAAUUUUCAAGUAUUUUUUUCUCUGUGUGUGCAACUACAGUUUUAUUGCUCAAUUCGACCGAGUGCUGCAAAAUUAUUUUGAUCAAUAAUCGAGGAUCGAAACAUUAAGAUACACUAUAUGUUUCUCAAGAAAGUUGCUUAAAUCUAAUGCAUGCAAUUCGGAACAAUAGUCUAUAAUCUACGGCGUUAACAUCAUCUAUAGUUGCUUCCUAACUACCAGUCGAUUAUCUUCUCAGACGUUAUUGAAGUCCUCUUCUCGAAGAACUGUUCGAUGCAAAGUUACCUCUGCCAGUGCAAUCUUACGAAUAACCACCGCCGCUAUCGCAACGCGAUCCGAGUUUCGUAACUCGACAGAUCAGGCAUUGUCUUUACGCCGUGAUCUACAUAAAAACGCGACACACGCGCACACACAUACACACAGAUACACAUACAUAUACAGAAACCACAUUAAUUACCUAUACGUGCACAAUAGAUACGAUAAUUACGUGUGUAUAUGUUAAUCUAAAGCCGUGUACAUCCGCAAAUGUCCGACGCCACGUGAACUGAGUGGAAUCGACUCGGGUCGACUUCGUCCCUCAUCAGCUCUCUAUACGAUUAUGAUUCCUCGAAUUAACGUGUCUUACAUUCCGUAUUUCGCGGCAUCACACGCAACGAAGUUAUACGGAAGAAAUUAAACGCUCGCGCACGCAGUUUCGCCGCUGGAAACGGAAGUCGUCUCUGUUCCAUCUUUGACCGUGAUUGCCCCGGUUCUUUCGCAAGCCAUCGCGAUAUACUUCGAGAAUUCUUCUACGACUCUAGUUAUUAACUUAAAAAUUAAUGCUUUGCGGCCUGGAAAGUUUAAAUAUUAUUCCGCAUCGAGACAAUUCUGCGCCCAAACGUAAUUAAUUUGGAAGAUCGAAGCAAGUUUUCUGUCAUACAUUGAGAGAACAAGAUCGGCUAAAACGAAUCUGAAGUUGAGCGAAUUUGAUUGCAUCGGCUGUGUAAUCGAAUCGAAUAAAAAUUGAACCUGUUCAAUAGUCUAACGUAGGAAUUUUAACUCAGAAAUUCAGUCAAAUGCAAAAGGUUGAUAGAAGUACUAAGAUAUAGUUACACGGACGCUAUAAAUGUUCUUUCAACUGACAAAAAAGGCUGAUUUAACUGCAUAGUGUGAGUAAUUUCAUCUUUGGAUGGAAAUUUUCUUAAGUAAAUUAGACAUUUAGAAGCACAUUGAACUGAUGAUUUUGGUAAAUGGACGAUUUAAAUAUUACGUUAUUCUCUCUGAUAAUACUAUGCAGCUCAUUCAACUCGGGAGAAAAGUUCGACUUCUUACUUAUUGUUACAUUUGACAACUCGCUUUGGUUACUUCUCUCAAUAGUCAAGUCAACAUCGAAUUUAAUCAAGUUUACUGAAUACUCGUUCGAUAUAAAUCAGAGCAUCAAAAUUAUGCUGAAAGAGUUAAAUUAAUGCGUCGUGUGCGACCCAGAAAUUGAGCUCGCUCAACUCGAUUCUAGCUGUAUCAAUCAAUAUUUUUUUAUAUAGUGCACAAAAUCACAUAUCCGAGAAAAAAAAAUGCGCAAUGAUACUUAAUCGCCCAGAGUUUAAAUGGACGAAGCAACAUUGGCCGUGAAGGAUUAACCAGUAAUUGUGGUAUUACUACGUGUUAAUAAUUGUUACAAAGAGGCGAUGUGCUGCGGGGCUCGCCAUAGUGAUUCACUUCGACACGCUCGUGACGUAAUGCGAGAUUUCCGGUUGUUUCGCGAUAUCCGCUCAUUUCCAAUCUAGAAAAUGAUAGAUUCGCGAGGCAGUUAAUUUACAUCGCGGAAAAGGAGACACGCUAUUGCUCCAAAAUGUUCAUUUCGGACGUUCUACAGCGGCGCCGGGAACAUUAUGCAAAAUACUCUGUAAUGCAUAACAUAUCCGCCGUAAUACGCUUAUCACACAUGGCGAGCGCAGCGGACAUUGCUGUUACAGUGGCCGAUAUCAGCGCGAUAUCUCCUAUAACGCGAGCAUAGCGUUGCGCGCACACGAGCACACGCGAUAACGGCUUAAUUAAUCUCGAUCUAUUUAAUGUUCCAAUUAUACGCGCGAAGGGACACGACAGAAAUUCCGUUUCUCACGAGCGAAGCCUGCGGUAUCGCCGUAAAAAUCCGAGUCGAUGGGUGACGCGUCAGAUCCUCCCCUUUGGACAGGGAGCGACAGGAAGGGGCAAAUUGUGCUCCCCUGAGAGAGCGUUUUCACGUGCGCCGGUUUGAUCCAUUAACUCGUCCACGUUUGCGGAUGGAUACGCGUGCAAGUGUUCAAAAGACAAAAUGCCCGGUGAGAAUGCAAGGUAAACAGGAUCCGAGGGUGCAAAGGCUGGGCGACCCUUGCGAUCGAAAUUAGGGUAACACGGGCAAAAGCGUCGACUCUGUUACUUGUUCGAGGAUCGUGCGAGAGAUACCAAACAUUCGGAAGCGCUUGCUCUCGCUGGGAAAAUCGUUUCGCGCCGCGAAGUCGAUAGCAAUAAGCAUCUAGAGGGCUGUUCUUACUUAAAAUAGCACAGACGGUGCCAAUGAGCCGCCAAGAUAUUUUAUAAGGGAGAUGGACGAUAGUUUUUACGAAUUGUCGUUUGAAGACGUUUAGAGGCGUGAAACUGUUUACAUAUGAAAGGACACUAGUCACUUAACGACGUUACUGGUCUGUGAAUCUCGCCUUUAGAAUUUCUAAAAAUGAAUACCUCUUAAGAGCGUGCAAAGUCGCUUAGCAUAAUUACGUGAAAUCGUUGCAAAAAUAUCUCUAGGCGUAUAGGGAGAAUGUUAAGGCUUGAGCUUGGAAUAUUUGCGAAACCUGGCUGUUUCCUGAUGAAUAUAAAUAUUUUUGUCCGUCCUGUGCGCGCGAAGAUGGGCAAUCAAUGAUAGACCAGUUGGGCGGGAAUUGAGCAGAAGAUUCUGGCUAAGAUGAAAGCGAGAAGUAAAAUUGAGAGAGAAGUAAAAGUAAUAAUUUUGAUAUAAUUCAGAUAAAAAAGUAAUAAUUUUGUAUCCAUGCGAUAAAACAAGCAGUGGUCAUUGGCACCGACCUGUCGCAAUAUAAGAAAAAAGCAAAAAAAAAAACGAAAAAAGAUAAAAUCGUUUUUCAUAUUUGUAAGAGACGCUCCGACGCGAUCGGAAUUCUCGAGGACGAGCGCUUUGGCCGAGACUCGCCUUAUCCUCUUCUCAUAUCAAGCUUCAUCUUUUGACGGGAUCCUCGAGCAGGGGGAUCGACUUGUUUUCGUCCGUGCGAAUAAAGUGUUGAGUCCAGUGGAGAUUUCGGGAGAGGAGUUAUCAUCGGUCAGAUGAAGAUCGAGUUCGAGGUCGAGAUUUCGCAGAGGGCUCAACUAGAGCGAGGAAACCCCAAGUUCCAGCCUCCCCCGUGCGGAGGGUGGAAUGGAUUCGAGGCGCGACGUGUGUUUUUGUUCCUACGCAUAUGUAGCUAUGUAUAAAUAUGUAUAUUUUUUCUUUUCUCAACGAGAGUCUGCGCGAAAACAAGCGCGAGACUGAUGUGUCUUCCGCUCCUGAUCGCGAAAAAUCGUCCCUGGACCCAGCGCUGCGGCGAAUUAUUUUUUACGAGAAACUCGUCAUAGGGAGGACAGGCGAGACAGGAGGAUACGCGAGGAACAGGAGGAAGAGCGGGGGAGGAAGGGCAGGAUCGUUCGGGCAUGAUUAUAUGGUGGGAGUCGUCGCUCCCGCGCGACGGAACGAACGAGAUCGUCCUGACAUUGUUGUUUAACCGAUUAUCUGUCAUUGCUGUAACGAAAUAACAGUCAAUUCCGUUAGGUGUAUAAAAUUCCCCUUUCCCCGUUUCAUCGAUGUAUACAAUAAAUGUUCGAUCAACAGAUUAUUUAAUUCUCUCCGAAGUUUUGUUAAUAAAUUAUUUCUCGAUCGACACACAUCGCAACUGAGUUUAUUCGAGGACGAUUUAUCGCUGGUUAAUGAAGCGGCGUGCGUUCGUGUGUGCACAGGGUGUCAUCCCCUCGUGAAAAUUACACGGAAACUGAAAAUUAUACGGAAACUGUCGGUCCUUCGUCAAAAUGAUGGAGAGGUAACUACGAGAAGAGAAAACACACGAAUGCGCUGUACUAAUUUCUUUUAAACUUUCCGGAGAGAGUCCGCGAUUGGUUUUCGAUUUCGAUAGAGUUCCUUCUGAAGAAGUUAUUGGGCUCUUUCUAUCUUAAGUACAGCUAAUUGUCUUGGUGUUAUUUCAGACAGCACAGUGCUUUUUUCGACACGUGUUAAUUCAUACAUUUUUCAUCGAAAAUAUUUUUCUCUUAUCCUCACCGCAGAAAGGAACACGUUUGUUUCCUAUAAAAAAUAUUAAUUGUAUAGUUACUUUAUUCUUGCAAAAAAAUAAUUGAAGCAUAGAUAUAGUGUAUUCAAUCAUAUACUUCUUCUCUUUCUGUAAAUCUCAACCACAGGCACAAUACUCUCGCUACAAUAUACGCUACUCAGAUUCUUGUUCAGAAUUAAAUCCAAAUUUUCCAGUUGAAUUAUGUGAUAUUAUAUCUAUAAUUACGAUUCAACUGAAUAGCUUGUAUCUAACUCUGAACUGAAAUCUGAGUAUCUCAUCUGAAAUUUACUUCAGGCGAGAUAUUUGAAUUUAGAGUUAGAUGUGAGUUUGUCAGCCUUAUUAUUAGCGAUCUUUCCAAGAUUAUAUGAUGCAGAUAAAAAUCUCAAACCUAACUCUAAAUUCGGAUUUGAGUAUUUCACGUGGCAUAAGUUUCUGGUAAAGACUAUUAAUAAUACGGAGCUUAAUAAGGAUUCAAUUUAAAUUAAUAGAUUUAGUCUAAAUUAGUGGUUUGCGCAUAAGUAUUACGUUUUGACGAAUCAGAUACGUUUGACGAAUAGAUUUAUUUGCGUUUCGAGAUAUGAAAUUCUCUUCAAAAUUACGAGGUUUUGUUUCCCAAUUAAUUUUCACCGGUCCACUCUGUCGUACGAACGUCCGCACGCUCGACUAAAGACUCGCAUUUAUAAAUAUGUACAACACAAUGUACACGUGCAUAUAUAACACAUAUGCAUAUAUGAAGGAUGAGCGUUGCACCGGAAAUAAAUCUACUCAGUUAAUUAAUUAACGCAAAUAAAUAAAUAAACAAACAAACAAACGGACACACACAUACACACAUAUGCUUUUACACAGGUAAACAGUGCGAACGGCUGCCAGCCAUUGUUCACGUAAGUUUAGAAAGUGGAUUCGCACUAAAACUACUAGUUAUUCCGACUUAUUGUCGAUCUUUCUCCUUCCCCUUUCUUACACGCUGCGUCUCAUAUGACGCAGACGAUCGUAUGUAUUAAUCGCGAAACCAAACAAAGCGAGGAAAGUCGAAGGAAACGACGAAAACGUCGGCGUGUCGAUAGGGCUGAAAAGUCGGAAUUGCGCGCCGCGCGAGGUCAUUUGAUCCCACUGUACAAUUGCGCGAUUGAUGCGCCAGAGGAAAACGAAAAAAUGGAUAAUGAGACGGAGAGAAAGUGGCGACAGGUGUAACUUCGAGGAGUGACAAUAAAGAAAUCACGAGAGAAGGAUACUCUCGGCGCGUGAUCGUCGACCUUUUCAUCCUAACGACCGUCGAACACGGCGGCGUGUUGCAUUAUAUCAUAAUGAAUAUGUUACUGUGUAAUAUUGUAUUAGAGUAUACUACACACACAUAAACACACACAUACACACAAACACAGAUAUGUAUACAUGCGCGCACAUUUAUGAAACCUUCUUUCCGGCCUGAUUCGUUGUAAUUCUGUGCCGAGCCACACACAGUUUCCUCUCUCGCUUGAAAUAAUAUAUAAAUAAAUAUAUAAAGAAAUAUAUAAAUAUAUAAAUACAGAUAUACAUAAAUAAAUAUAUAUAUAUAUAUACAUAAAAAUGAAUAAAUAUAUUAUAUAUACGUAUAUAAAUAUAUAUAUAAAAAAAUAUAUAUAAAUAUAUACUUUCGAUAUAUGACGAGGAUGCAGUUUAAAGGCAAGACAUGAGAACAAAAAAAAUUAUAACGAUUAUAUUUUAUAAAUAAAAAAUUGACAUGUGAUAUAGAUGGUAAGGCACGCGAGAAUGCGUUGCGAUGCAUUACGAAAGCAAAUGUAUUCUGUAUAUCGUUUCAUUAAAUCUACUAAAACGAUCAGUCAA